CAGAUGGUCAAGGGAAAGAAGAGGUGCCGACACCACCCCACUCAACUCAGCAAAAAGUCACACUAUUCGUUAUCAAGACUCGUUUGAAGGCUAAACCUCGGUUCCUUUCUUAUCUGAUCCAGCAUCAGAAGUGAUAUCUCGCGCUUAGUAUCAAGGAGACAGACACCAGAUACCCAAAACUUCAAGAGCCAAGAUGUCUUUACGAAUGCCCAAGGCAGAUCAUAUGCCACUCUUCAAGAGUGGCUAUACCUUUUCGUCUGGUGUUGAAGAAGCUGUUUUGAGGAACAUUCAGGCUGUUAAUGAAUUGACAGAUCUUGUUCGGACCUCGUUUGGACCACAAGGUCGGAAUAAAAUGGUUAUCAACCAUCUCGACAAACUCUUUGUAACUUCAGAUGCAGCUACGAUCAUUCGAGAGUUAGAAGUCAUUCACCCUGCUGCAAAGGUUUUAGUCAUGGCAUCUCAUCAACAAGAAGCUGAGAUGGGCGAUCGUACAAACUUGGUGAUGAUGUUGGCAGGAGAAUUGUUAAAGAAGGCAGAAGGUUUACUCAAAAUUGGACUUCAUCCAAGUGAUAUCGUGUUAGGCUACGAAAUGGCGCGUGAUCGGGCUGAGCAAGAAUUGGAGAAGCUGUCUUGCCAGACUCUUCCGUCUCCUCUAACAAAGGAGUCAUUGGCUAUCGCACUUCGAGCACCGCUAGCUUCAAAACAAUUUGGUCACGAGGCCCUACUGGCUGCUCUCGUCUCAGAAGCCUGUCUAUCCGUUAUGCCCUCCGAUCCCUCUUUCUUCAACGUGGACAAUGUCCGUGUGGUUAAGAUCCUAGGUUCAGGACUUUCGUCAUCAAAAGUCAUCAAAGGCAUGGUCUUUGGUCGAGAACCUGAAGGAGCCAUCAAACAAGUAAAACAAGCCAAGGUUGCCGUCUACACUUGCGGUAUUGACAUCUCUCAGACUGAAACAAAGGGGACCGUGUUGUUGAAGAACUCAGAAGAACUUCUCAACUUUUCUCGUGGCGAAGAAAUUCAAAUGGAAAAGAUUUUCAAAGAGAUUGCCGAUUCAGGUGUGACAGUGAUUGUUGCAGGAUCAAGUGUAGGAGAGCUAGCUUUACACUACCUCAAUCGAUUCAACAUUGGAGUUAUCAAGGUUUUAUCGAAGUUUGAUCUGCGCCGUCUUUGUCGAGUGGUGGGAGCGACUCCGCUUGCAAGACUGGGUGCGCCAACUCCUGAAGAGGCAGGUUACGUGGAUGUGUUCGAAACGAUCGAGGUGGGUGGCGAUCGGGUGACAGUUUUCAGGCAAGAGGAAGAGACACGGACCCGGACUGCAACCAUUGUCUUGCGAGGGUCAACAACAAACGUUUUGGAUGAUGUUGAGCGGGCAAUUGAUGAUGGCGUGAAUGUGAUCAAAGGUCUCAUCAAGGAUGGUCGAUUAUGUCCUGGAGCAGGUGCAACCGAAGUGGAACUUUCAAGACGGCUCACUGAGUUUGCCGAACAAACAGCCGGUUUGAGCUUCCAUUCAAUCAAGAAAUUCGCCGAAGCACUAGAAGUCAUCCCACGUACAUUAGCUGAAAAUGCUGGAUUGGAUUCAACUGAGAUCUUGACAAGGUUGUAUGCGGCUCACCAGAGUGAUGACGUCAAUGGCCGCUUUAUUGGAGUUGACAUUGAGUGUGAAGAUACCGGAUUGAAAGAUACCCGACCGGAUCAAAUUCUCGAUCUCUUGGCAGGUACAUCGUGGGCUAUUCGUUACGGAUCUGAAGCUGCCAUUUCAAUCUUGAGGGUAGAUUCGAUCAUCAUGUCUAAGGCUGCGGGUAUCGUUCCUCCCAAACAAAACGCCAACUGGGAUGAAGACUGAUCAAAUGUGCAAGGACACUUUCAGCCGGCCCAUUUGACAUUCAUCGUGAGCUGAUCUGAGACGGCCAUGUUUCUUCAGAUAACUCGCCUGUAUACCAAAAAAAAAGUUUUCGUUACCUCAUUUCUACAUGCAGUUCUUAUGAUUCUUGAACAAUCAUCAUUGUUGUGGAGCGGGUUGUAUGUUGGUUACUUAUCUAAAUACAUAAUGCAAAUUUAGCGUCUUUUUGGGAGUUCUUUUUGAUAUCUCAUCAUCCUUGUG